CUCUGAUGAUGUCAUCACACGUGAUGAGCAGAUCUAUCUUCUUAUUGGUGCUCAUGCCAAGUGUGAAAGGAGCAUCCAGAUGCAAAUAAAUCUCCUAAAAGAAGGGGAGUGUGUCCCGGAGUGGGAUGGGAUCAUCUGCUGGCCGCGGAGCAGACCGGGUCAGCUGGUCUCAGUCACGUGUCCAGAAUACAUCUACGACUUCAACCACAGAGGCCGAGCCUACCGCCAGUGCGAAGUGUCGGGGAGCUGGGAGCUGGUGCCCAGUAACAACCGCACCUGGGCAAACUACACAGAGUGCAUCAGAUACCUGACUUCCAACCACAGAAGCCUCGAGGAGAAGGUGUUUCACCGACUCCAUCUCAUGUACACGGUCGGCUACUCCAUUUCUCUCGCAUCUCUGUUGGUGGCGGUCUCCAUCCUCUGCUACUUCAAGCGUCUCCACUGUACACGCAACUAUAUCCACAUCCACCUCUUCACCUCCUUCAUCUGUCGGGCGGUCAGUAUUUUUGUGAAGGACGCUGUUCUCUACUCCAUAUCUGAUGACGCUAAAGCUGAGUCUGACUUCGCAGCAGAGAAGCCUCCUAUGGCUGGUUGCAAAGCUGCUGUUACCUUCUUCCUGUACUUCCUGGCGACCAAUCACUACUGGAUUCUGGUGGAGGGAUUGUACCUGCACAGCCUCAUCUUCAUGGCUCUGCUGUCUGACAAGAACUACCUGUGGGCGCUCACCAUCAUGGGCUGGGGUGUUCCAGCUGUGUUUGUGUCCAUUUGGGUCAGCGCACGAGCUUCGUUGGCAGACACUCAAUGUUGGGACAUCAGUGCCGGAAACCUGAAGUGGAUCUAUCAAGUUCCUAUUCUGGCUGCUAUUUUUGUAAAUUUCCUUCUCUUCAUUAAUAUAAUCCGUGUACUGGCCUCUAAACUGUGGGAAACCAACACUGGUAAACUGGACCCCCGUCAACAGUACAGAAAGCUGCUCAAGUCCACUCUAGUCCUCAUGCCCUUGUUUGGAGUCCACUACAUCGUGUUCAUGGCUCUUCCCUACACCGAGGUCACCGGGCUGCUGUGGCAGGUCCAGAUGCAUUAUGAAAUGUUCUUCAACUCUUCUCAGGUUACAACACAAAUAUGAACUAGCUCAGCCAGUGUGGUUUAUUUAAGUUACUCUUCUAUUGCUCUUA